AUGGGUUUCAAAUCCCUCUUCUCCCGGAAGAAGAAGUCCACUCCCUCCUCCGCCGCCGCGCCCUUGGUGAUGCGCUCGCCGUCGUUCGCCACCCGCGCGCAGAUCGCCGAGCUGGAGCAGGUCUUCAACAAAUUCGACGUCAACGGCGACGGCAAGAUCUCGUCGUCGGAGCUCGGCGCGAUCAUGGGGAGCCUCGGCCACCCGGCGACGGAGGACGAGCUCCGGUCGAUGAUCCUGGAGGUCGACGCCGACGGCGACGGGUUCAUCGACAUCAACGAGUUCGUGGAGCUCAACACCAAAGGGAUCGACUCGGCGGAGGCGUUGCAGAACCUCCGGGACGCCUUCUCCGUCUACGACAAAGACGGCAACGGCUCGAUCUCGGCGGAGGAGCUCUUCGAGGUGCUCAAGAGCUUGGGCGACGAGUGCUCCCUCGCCGAGUGCCGGAAAAUGAUCGGCGGCGUCGACGCCGACGGCGACGGUAUGAUCAACUUUGAGGAGUUUAAAGUGAUGAUGAUGAUCGGCUCUCGUCAUGAUAACAAUGCUCAACCUCAGUAG